AUGGAUAUGUUUCAAACCUUUUGUCAGAAUCGUGCUGUUGUGUUUCGUGUGGUCCUUCUACUUCAAUGUACACGAGUUUUUGCGCUGGUACAUCAAGUUUCAUACACGUGUCAUAAGCCCAUAAAUGACGCAGAUGAAUUCAUACUGGAGUUGCGAUUGAAACCAAGUGGCGAUACGGCUGUUACCGGUUUACAGUCUGCCGUAAAAUACUAUUAUGUGUUAACUACUCCGAAUUGUUCAGCAACGUUAACUGAUGGAACGUACGUGCUGAGCAAGUCCAUAAAUGUUGAAGAUUCGGAUUGUGGUGUAACAAAAGUUGACAGUACAGCCUCGAUUUACAGCCUUUUAUUUAAAGCUUUAGGGACAAUUCAAUAUUACGAAGUCAAAUGUGAUACAACUAAACUUUUGGGAAGUGUGGCCAGCACAUCGCAGUUCAAAACAACAGAAGGUGUCGAAGCACGUACACAAAUGUCUAGUACACUGGGGGCACAGAGAAUUGUGAUGAGGUCCCGGAUGGCACAUACUGUAAUGGACCCCAGAGACGGAAUAUAUAUUAGUUGCCUCCGUCACUACCAGAACGGGCUGUACACCUAGCAUAAAGAAUGUGCCUUUCACCACAAAGGCAGCUCCUGUGAAUAUCGGCUUGAUAGUUGGUAUAGUGGUUGGGGUGUUUGCAGCCUUGGUAGUGGUUGUCAUCGUAGUGAUCUUCCUUUGCCGAAGACACACGAGAAAGGCUCCACUUAUGUAAGUUGCCACUGUUUUUUA